CGCUCUGUGAGUAAAAUGUGACCUUAAUGUUUAGGUUUAGGGGUCUUCUGUGGCUUCGGGCUUUGAAUUCGACCAUCCCUCGUAGUUCGGGUCAAGUUCAAAAAUCUUCUCAUGCCAUGGAUUUAGGAUCUCUUCGGAAAAACUACAGGGGGGAUGAAGAGGCUUUCGAGGAGAAACAUCUCACCUCCCUUAAUCCCAUUCAACAAUUCUCUGCAUGGUUUGAACAGGCCAUGAAAUGUCCAUCUAUUGGAGAAGUCAAUGCUAUGUGUUUAGCCACUUGUACCAGGGAGGGAAGACCUUCUGCUCGGAUGCUGCUUUUGAAAGGAUUUAACCAAGAAGGCUUUCGUUUCUUUACCAACCAUGAGAGCCGGAAAGGAAGGGAACUGGAUUCCAACCCCUUUGCUUCAAUGGUCUUCUAUUGGGAGCCUCUCAAUCGCCAGGUACGGAUUGAAGGCUCUGUAGAAAGGCUUCCAGAGCAGGAAUCAGAGAAAUACUUCCAUUCACGUCCAAAAAGUAGUCAAAUUGGGGCGGUUGUAAGCCGUCAAAGUACAGUGAUUGCAGACAGAGAGUAUUUAAGGAAGAAGAAUGCAGAGCUAGAGGAGAUAUAUCGAGAUACCAAAGUGCCUAAGCCAGGAUACUGGGGAGGAUACAUCUUAAAGCCAGAAGUCAUAGAGUUCUGGCAGGGCCAGACCAACCGUUUGCACGACCGGAUCGUCUUCCGAUAUCUGCAGGACAGCAGCACAUCCUUGGACCCUCUGACUCACAGAGGGGAGGGCAACUGGGUAUAUGAGAGACUCUCUCCUUAAGCAGCUUGCAGGAUUUGUCUUUAAAUAUACAUGGCAACAUCUCUGAUCCCAACCCUCCCCGAGACAGAGCAGA